AUGAGGUUACUAUCUGUCUUGUGUCUUUUGGCAACGAUAUGUUCAGUGAAUUCGUACAAGAUUCUUUUUUAUUCGAAUCUUUUCGGACACAGUCAUGUGAAAAUGUUGGCCGCCGCAGCUGAUACUUUGACAGAUGCUGGACAUAACGUGACCGUACUGAUCCCAGUGUUUGAUACCACUCUCAACACUUCUUUGAAGACAACCAAGAAUGUGAUUUUCGUCGAUGCCAAUGAUCAAGUCGAAGAAUUCGUGAAAGCUAGAACAUCAAUGUUAUCGAAUAUGUGGAAACAAGACGCAGCUAACCCGAUUACCUUGCUUCAGAGAGUCGGAAAAAUGGCAGAGAUUUUCAGCUCACAGUGUAAAAAGGUGCUGACUGAUACAGAGUUGAUUGAGAAAAUGAAAGCAGAAAAUUAUGAUUUGGCUGUUACGGAACCAUUCGAUUCCUGUGCUUAUCGUAAGUUGGGUUUUGGCUUUUCGGUUUCAAGUUUAUUAUUCGAACCAAAAAGAUUUUUUUUAUUUUCGAUAACAACAUGUAUAAGGUUAUUCAGAGAAACAAUUUUGCUGAUUUGCUUCUUUAAUUUAUCCCAUAUCUUACAUUUUCCAGCAUUCUUCGAAGCCAUCAACAUCCGCGCCCACGUGGCAGUGCUCUCUUCCAGUCGUCUAGACCAUGUCAGUGACGUCAUCGGACAACCAGCAGCUCCCAGUUACAACCCAGGACUUCUCUCUGCGAAUGGAGACAAAAUGACAAUGCUUCAACGAUUCGUGAAUGUCAUCCAAUACAUGUGUGGAUCCUAUUUCUUUAGUUACGUUGGUGAUGUAGAAGCCGCAAUGGCAAAGGAAAUCAAUCCAACAUGGAGAACCUGGAGAGAAACCGUUCCAGAAGCAUCUUUCAUUCUUACUAAUCAAAUUCCCCUUUUGGACUUCCCGGCACCAACAUUUGAUAAGAUUGUUCCAGUGGGAGGGUUGUCUGUGAUAACUGAUAAGAAGGCCAUGAAAUUGCCAGAGAAAUGGGAUAAGAUUUUGAGCUUGAGAAAGAAUAACGUUUUCAUUUCUUUUGGAUCAAACGCUAGAUCUCUCGAUAUGCCACUGGAAUACAAAAAUUCCCUUCUCCAAGUCAUCAGAAACAUGCCGGAUACUUCUUUCAUUUGGAAGUAUGAGGAUCUUACUGACAAGUUCACAGAGGGAGUUGAGAAUGUGUAUCUUGGAGAUUGGCUUCCACAAAAUGAACUUCUGGCUGAUCCAAGAUUGAAUGUAUUUAUUACUCAUGGCGGCUUAGGAUCAGUUACAGAGUUGUCAAUGAUGGGAACUCCAGCGGUUAUGAUUCCUCUAUUUGCCGAUCAAUCCAGAAACGCACAAAUGCUCAAACGACAUGGAGGAGCUGCAGUCCUGACCAAAACAGAUCUCGCCAACACAAAACUGGUUCAAGACACCAUCCAAGACGUUUUGGCCAAUCCGAAAUACCGUGAAAAUGCAGAAAGGUUGGCUGAGAUGCUCAACAAUCAGCCAACAAAUCCAAAGGAGACACUGGUGAAAUAUGUGGAGUUUGCUGCAAGAUUCGGAAAGCUUCCAUCUCUGGACAACUACGGAAGGCAUCAGUCCUUCGUUCAGUACUUCUUUUUGGAUAUCAUUGCUAUAAUUGCACUGAUUUCCGUUACAUCAUCUUACAUAUCCUAUAGAGUUUUGAAAUGUGCAGUUAGAAGAUGCUUCGGAUCCAGAUGCUCAGAAGCAAAAAGCAAGAAGGAAUAA